AUGCCGCGCCGCGCGGCCAUUUCCAAAACCUCUAGCGCAAAGGCCAAGCGCGAGAUUCGGGCGAGGCAGAAGGCUGCCGUCUCCAAAUCCAAAUCCAAAUCCAAAGCAAAGGCAAAGGCGGAAGAGAGCGAUUUGGAUGAGCCAACUGGCUUGACAAGUGACGAGUCGAGCUCGUCCGAACUGUCAGACGCGUCCGACUUUGAGCCGGAAGGUGACGAGGAGGAGGAGGAGGAGGAGGAGGUGGAGGUGAUCUCGGUCAGCUCUGGGAGCGAGGACGAGCCGCCACGCAAGAAACCCCGUUCCGGCGCGUCCAAGAAGCAAGUGAAGCGGCCCGCCACUAAGGCAAGCGCGGCGAGCGGCAAGGACGGAGGCGCAGACGCAGACCAAAGAUGGAUGAAAAGCGACAAGGUGCGGGGAACAGCCGACGCUGGCGGAAUUGCCAUCAGGGUCGUGAAUGGCAAACGCAUCACCGCUCUCAAUGAAGAGCUGUCGGACGACGACGACGUCGACCUCGAAGAUUGGCAGCAAGUCGUGGGCCGGAUCUAUCCCGCUCCGAGGACUGGGCGAGUACCUGCCGGGCGUAUAUCGAACAACACGCUCUUGUUCCUCAAGGCGCUUAUGAAUCCCACCAACAAUGACCGCGACUGGUUCCGGUGGCAUGAGCCUGCGUUCAGGCAGGCUGAGAAGGAGUUUCGGGACUUUGUCGAUGUGUUGCAGGAACGUAUGGCCGAGGUCGAUGAGGAAGUGCCCGUCCUCCCAGCAAAGGAUAUCUGUCACCGCAUCUACCGCGACGUGCGCUUCACAUCCGAUAAGACGCCGUACAAGUGCAAUUUCGCAUUCACCACUUCUCGCGGAGGACGCAAGGGCAUCUGGGCAAAGUAUCACGUCUACAUCGAGCCCGGAUACAGUAUCAUGGCAUGCGGUCUCUGGCAGCCCGACAAGACGCUAUUACAGCGCCUGCGCGACCGGAUCCUAGGCAGUCCCGGACCUGGUCCGUUGCAGGAUGCGAUAUCAAGUCCAGAGUUUGUCGCGCUCUUUGGGCCAGCCGAGCCGGAUAAAGUUAAAGGCAAGAGACAGAAUGUGUUUGGACACGACGACGAGCUCAAGAUGGCGCCAAAGGGAAUCGACAAGAAUCAUCCUCUGAUCCAUCUGCUGAGGUUACGCACUAUCGCUGUUGUCAAGCACUUUACAGACGAUCAAGUCCUCGACCCCGGGUUUAGGAAUACACUCGUCGACGUCGUGAGGGUCAUGGCGCCGUUUGUGCACACGCUCAACGACUACAUUGCCCCGUUGUAA